AAACCUGAGGUGCUGAGAGCACCAGUCUCCUUAUUUCCGCCACAUUAUCCAAUGUCUAGGUAUUCCUGCAGUCGAAAAAUACGUUGAAGACCACAGUCGUUCUCAAAAUACAGUCAUGGCUGCCGCUGCCUCUCCAGUCUUGCAGGAUAUCAUCUUCAAAGAUGACUUUGGCGAACAUACCCUUGAUGUAGAUAGGCAUGGGGGAGACCAGGCUCCAGCUGCUCCAGUCCCAAAGCCCGAGGUUCGGGGCAAUUUUGACCUGGACGAUGCUGUUGUGGAUGCUCUACCCAUACCUGGAACCAAAGUUAUCUCGGCAUAUAAUUAUGGGAUGUCUCUCUGGGGUCAGACUGCAAAGAUAUAUACGGUUCUGCCAACCGGAGAGCGGAAGGAAUAUUUCCUGAAGGCCGUGUCACUUGGAGAUGACGGUCGUGUCAUGAUUGAGGGUGAAUACGAGUCUCUGAAAGCAAUUCACGCAGUAUCGCCGGACUUCGGACCAGAGCCCUACGCAUGGGGAAAGUUCCGAAAAGACGAAGAAAGUACUUAUUUCCUCCUUGCGGAGUACCGAGAAGUGGGUGAACAGCCCCCAAAUCCCCUCAGAUUUACUGCUCGUCUCGCAGAACUGCAUCAAACAUCCGUGUCGCCAACAGGAAAAUUCGGCUUUCAUAUAACCACAUGUCAUGCGAAACUUCCCCAAAUAACCGAUUGCUGGGAGGAAUCAUGGGAGGUCCUGUAUAGAAAACAGUUGGGCCAUAUGGUCAAAUUAGACGAACAAAAACAUGGGGAAUGGCCGGAGUUCCAGGCUGUAGCUCGGCUCGUGCUUGAAAAGGUUAUACCAAGGCUUCUCCGGCCACUGCAGAGCGAAGGUCGCAGCAUAAAGCCAUGCUUGGUCCAUGGAGAUAUGUGGGAUGAAAACGCUGCGACUAAUAUGGAUACCGGUGAGCCCUUUGUGUUUGAUGCAGGGUCAUUUUAUGCCCAUAAUGAAUAUGAAAUUGGAAAUUGGAGAGCGCCAAGACAUCGCCUAAGCGACAAAGUCUAUGUCAAAAACUAUCGGCGGUUCUAUCCCGUCUCCGAGCCUGAGGAUGACUGGGAUGAUAGAAACCUUUUAUACUCCCUAAGAUACGAUCUAGGCGCCGCAAUCCUCAUACCCGGAUGCAAUCUUCGCCAGAUCGUCAAGGACGGAAUGGCAACUCUCUGCAAAAAGUUUUGUCCUAAGGAAUUGAUCGCCGCAACCGAGCAGAUGCCAUUGCCUUCUAGCCUAGACUUCCCGAUAGACGAUGACUGGGCUGAGCUUGAAGAAUACAAUGAAAAAGCCGGGAAUAGUUAUCAGGUUGAUUUACUAAUAAGUCCUGUGGAGGCUGGGUUAACCGACAGAUUCAAAGACGAUGAAUGCGAAAAGGAGAGGGCAGAGAAAACAACCAUCGAAACUAUGGAGCACAAUCUCGAAUCCUCCAACUGUUCAAAUCAGCCAAGAUCCCAUGGACGUGACGAAGAGAAUGUAAAGGCGAUGUUAGGGGGGACGAUGGACCAGAAGGUAGAUGAGAGGAGCGGAGAAUCGGUGCUACUGAAGACUGAUCAAAUAACAACAUCCAAAGACAAUGGGGAAAAGAAGAAGCAGAAGAAGAAGAAGAAGAAGAAGAAGAAAAAGAAGCAGAAGCAGAAGAGAAGAAAACAGGGGCCAACAGACAAAAGAGCAGCAGGAGAAUAAAAGUCGAAAAUGAAAUGAAAAGAAACUGCAAGAGAGAGGAGAGUGUCUGCGGAACACUCUGGACAGAAUUCUAAUAGCUACAGCAUAUUCUUUCAGCUGCACAGACUAGACUUUGAAGUAGAGUUCUUGUUGACAGCGCCGGCAAGCUGAUAGAAGCGAAAAGAGU